CUCUCUUGUCGUGUUGCUUUCAAGUGACUCUCUGACGACUGUACUGUACCGGAGAUGCCAAAAUGGCUGCAAGUAAUUACUUCGGCUUCACCCACGCCGCCGGCCCGCAGUACAGCACCGCAGUUCCUCCCCCAGCCUACUCGCACCCUUCCACGGCCGCCUACAGCGUCCAGCAGGCUGCAGCGGUGCCUCAUGCCGUGACCGCCUCCUACUCUCCGGCCACGGUCCAGGCGGCCCAGGCGGUCGUCACCUCUCCUUACGCCGCCUAUCAGAGCCACCAGCCGCCGCCAGACUACGCCUACAGGCCGCCGGACCCCCCUGCACCUCCGCAGCCGACCACCACCCCACAAACGUAUCAGGUGUACUCCGACGCGGACAACUACAGCUUUGCCCGUCCUGCCGUUGUGACCGCCUAUGACAACAAACAGUACUACCAGACAAGUGCCGCUCCAGCUCAGAGGAGUUCCACUGACAGUUACUACCAGACUGUGGGCGUGAAGAGCGAGUACAGUCCGGCCCCCACCACCGUGUACAGCCACCCUCCUCCCCAGCGGCAGGUAACAGCGCUGAAACCAGUGGCCCCGAGCAGCACGGUGUCCGCCAGCUACAACAUCUACCCGGUGUCCUGCAGUGCGGCAGUGCAGCCGCCGCAAACGUCCAUCUCGUCCUACACCCUCGGCUCCACUUACGGCUCCACGUACAGCUCCACCGCGUCAGCCACCUCCUACUCCGGCAUCAGCUACCCCGGUUAUGAUUCAACCGGCUACACCUCCACAUCCGCCCCCACCUAUUACCAGCCGGCUCAGCAGACUCUGUCGCAGCCUCAGCCCGCCUCCCAUCAGCCACAGCAGCAACAGCUUCAACAGCAGCAGCCACCCAAGCAGCUAACGAGCGCUUCCUGGAUCAACCCCGGCAGCAACAUGGUGACAAGCCCGGCGGGAAGCUCCUACAAAAAGCCCUCUUUUUACCAGAACAAGAUGCAGAAGCCCAAAGGGCCCGCCAAGCAACCCCAGCUGCAUUACUGUGACAUUUGCAAGAUUAGCUGCGCUGGCCCUCAGACAUACCGGGAGCAUCUGGAGGGCCAGAAACAUAAGAAAAAAGAGGCAGCCCAGAAGAGUAGUGGCCAGACAGGCCCCAGCUGUGCCCCCCGAGGGGUCCAGUCUCAGUUGCGCUGCGAAUUGUGUGACAUUUCCUGCACUGGAGUUGAUGCUUACGCCGCACACAUCCGUGGGGCCAAACACCAGAAGGUGGUGAAACUACACACCAAGCUGGGCAAGCCUAUCCCUUCCACCGAGCCUGUGUUGCUGAAUUCCGCAUCAACCGUCACCACAUCAACAGCUGCCAAACACCUGGCCUCCACCGCUGUCGUUGCCUCAGCAACAACCGUUUCAACACCCGCCGUCACGUCCAAACCCAACACUGCGGGAAAAACCCUGACAACGGUCAAGAAAACGGCUCCCUCCAAAAUAACCUUCACUUCCAAUAAGUCAAGCAGCUCCCCAGCAGCAGCAGUGAAAGGGGAAGAGACCCUGCAACCAGCACCUGCUUCAAAGGCGGAGCUCCAGAGCGAGGAUGAGGAUGGCGACAGGGCAGGAGGCCUGGCGGACAUCCAACCUGUCGGGCAUGAUUAUAUCGAGGAGGUGUGUAACAGCGAAGGCAAAGUGAUCCGCUUCCACUGCAAGUUAUGUGAAUGCAGCUUCAAUGACCCAAAUGCUAAAAACAUGCACCUGAAGGGAAGAAGACACAGACUGCAGUACAAGAGGAAAGUGAACCCGGAGCUCCCUGUGGAGAUCAAACCGAGUAACCGAGCCAGGAAGCUGCAGGAGACCAAACUGAAGAAACAGAAGGCGGUGCUGAAGAGGCAGCGAGACGACGAGCAGCGCUGGCACAUGGAGAUGAGGCGAUACGAGGAGGACAUGUACUGGAGAAGGAUGGAGGAGGAGCAAAUGUACUGGGGUGAGCAGAGGCGCAGGAUGGGACCCCCGCCUUUGAUGAGUCGCCCGGGUAUGCCAGUGCCUCCUCUGUUGCCGUGCGUGCGUCGUCCAGAGUCGCCCGACGACCGUCACGUCAUGGCCAGACACGCCACCAUAUACCCGGGGGAGCUGGAGCUGCAGGCCGUUCAGAGGAUCGUCUCCCACUCGGAGCGAGCCCUGAAGCUGGUGUCCGACACCCUGCUGGAGAAGGACAUGACACCCAGUGUUGCUGCUGCUGCUGCUGCUGAAGGUGAACAACAAAAAAGUACUGAGAGCGCAGCACGGCUGCUGAAAGGUGUGAUGCGGGUGGGCAUCCUCGCCAAGGGCCUGCUGCUUCGAGGUGACACUAAUGUUGAACUCACCGUGCUGUCUACUAAAAAACCCAGCGUCGCUUUACUCAAGAGCAUCGCUGAACAGCUGCCCAAACAACUGGCGACAUUUUCUGAAGAUCAGUAUGAGGUGCAGGCUCACCCCGAGGAGGCCAACAUCGUCAUAUUAUCGAGCAAGGAGCCCGUAAUGCAGGUGACCGUUGCUCUCACCUCGCCGCUCAUGAGGGACGACCCUGCUGCCGAGAAGGACAAGCAGGCAGGAGGAAAAGCGGCUGAGAAAGCAGACGUGGUGGCAGAGAAAGACCCUCCGGACCUGCUGGACGAGAAGAAAUGUCAGGAACACCUGGCCGCGCUGCGCCACGCCAAAUGGUUUCAGGCUCGUGCCAACGGUCUGCAGUCCUGUGUGAUCAUCAUUCGAAUCCUUCGUGAUUUAUGUCAGCGUGUGCCCGCCUGGGGGAAGAUGCCAAGCUGGGCGCUGGAGCUGCUGGUGGAGAAGGCGAUCAGCAGCGCGACGGGCCCACUCAGCCCAGGAGAGGCCUUACGCAGGGUGCUGGAAUGCUUGGCCACGGGCAUCCUGCUGUCAGAGGGGACCGGCUUGUGGGACCCCUGCGAGAAGGAGCCCACAGACGCUUUGCAGGGUUUGACGGUCGAAGACCGGGAGUACCUGACCGCCAACGCACAGCACGCGCUACGGCUGCUCGCCUUCCGUCAGAUCCACAAAGUCCUCGGCAUCGACUCCCUGGCCGCGUCCAAGACCGGCGCUCGCAAACGCAGACGGGACGUGGGCGACACUAGCGAAGGCGAGGCGGAGGGCAAAAAGGAAAAGAAGGACGAGACUGCGAAAGCUUGACGUCCAAAAAGCGCAGCUUGUUAGUUUAGCGUCCCGUUAGAAUGUCACAAUUUGAAUUACCGUAUUUUCCGGAGUAUAAGUCGCGCCGGAGUAUAAGGCGCACCUGCCGAAAAUGCAUAAUAAAGAAGGAAAAAAACUUAUAUAAAUCGCACUGGAGCCCGGCCAAACUAUGAAAAAAACUGCGACUUAUAGUCCGAAAAAUACGGUAAUCGGAAUGAAGCAAUCUUAAUCACACGUGCUCCAGAGUGCAGAGGCCGAUCUCAUUUUCCUUACAGAUGUAGAAGUGUGCACAGUAUGCAUCAUUCCAUUUCAUUUCAACUGCGCACUAAUAUCUCUGCAGCUUUUGAUUAGUCACAUGCAACUCUGCAGCAGUCGUGUCCUUUUUUUUUUUCUCUCCAGACUCAACAAAGGUUGCCUAAGGUAAUAGUAAAUGUGUGUUCGGCCUUGUUUUCACACUGCAGGUCAAAUCCCAUCUUUUGGCCCAUAUGUGACCUGAAUCAGAUUUUUUUUUUUUCACGUCAAUGUGAACAGAGCAAUUCCAAAAUGUUCAAAUCCGACCGACCCAUGCAUGUGUAGAUAUAAAUCGGAUAUGUCGGAACGCCCCUGUCGCAAUUAUCCCACCAAUACGUCAUCAAAUAGCGGUAAACAUCACAAUUUUUUGCCAAAAUAUAUGCUGUAUAUUCCGGACUAUACAGUGCCGCACCCACUAAAUUAUAAAAUAAAGUAAUAUUUGUCCUAAAUUAGCCGCACCGGACUAUAAGCUGCAGAUAAAUACGUCGCAAAAUGAGGUAUUUACACAGACAUUUAAAUUAUUUGUUACCAAAUGGUGCUUGUAAACACGGCAGUAAAACGGCCAAUCAAACAAAACAGAAGCCAUGGUCAUGGACCCACUGGGUGCGCAAGCUAGCUCUCUAAUCAUCUAAAAAGACUCCACGGUGAUUUUACUGAGGAAUUUGUGAAACUGGAACAAUAAAAACAAACAUCUAAUUGUAAGGUAAUAUUACUAAUAGAGACACCCGUGAAUGUGUGGACAGACAACACACGUGGGACAACUUAGUCAGUAAGAAUUGUUUAUUUUGUGAAACUUACGAACGUAGCUUGGAGUGAUGAAUGAAGAAUCCAUCCAUCCAUUUGCUUCCCCUCUUUCCAUUUCAGGGUCGCGGUUGGUGCGUAAAAAUAAAAUACGCGUAAAAACGCUAUUGACGGCUAAAAGCCUGAAUGGCACUUCUACUUCCAUUUGAAAGGACUUAAAUAGAAGGACACUGCAGCACCUGCAAUGAGCGAACGCGUCCAGAAGAUGGCGCCAUAGCACAAAUUGCAUUAUGACCGUCACCAAAGAAAAAUCCGGUAAGUUUCUAUAAGCUGCAGGGUUCAAAACAUUGGGAAAAAAAGUAGCGGCUUACAGUCCGGAAUUUACGGUAGUUGACAAAUGAGCAGAAAACCGUCAAAGAAAACUCUUCAAGCAGACGUCGGAGCAAAUGUCUCGCAAACAGUGAACGCCAAAAUUAAUUAAUCUUUUACGCACAAUUAUUCGGAUCAGAAAAUGUUGUUUGAUUGCACAAAAACCCUUGAAAUUGCAACAAAUGCGCCUAGAACCGAAGCCGUGAACACUGCAGCACGUGUGACUUCAAUGUCUGCAUGCGGGUCGAAUUUGUUUUCUAAUGUGAACGAUUGCAUCAAAAUAGCGGAUUUGACAAGAAUAUCCGAAUUGGACAUCCUUCCCUGCGGUGUGGACUUCGCCCGUGAGAGAGUAAAAAAGGAGGUUGAUGGCCGGCGACUGCAGACUAGGAGGCACAAUCAGACCUGCGAUGAAUGGAUGUUUAAAAAUCCUGGAAACGAAGUAAAAAAACACCUUAAAAUAAUUAUAAAGUCAAAGUAUUUAGCAAGUGAUUAUUAGGAGCAUGUCUGACUGAAUAUGCAGUGAUGUAUUUCAGAGUGAAUAUCAUCCGGCCAGACUUGUUUAUUUAUCCUUUGUACUAAAAAAUCUAUUCAUCUUCAUUCUGUACGACGCAAGUUGGCUUAGCCAGGUAUCUUUUUUUCUUUCUUGAUUUUUUUUUUUUUUUUUUUUUUUUGAAGCUGCUGCCAGAAAUCUACGUGGAAAACCCCUGCUCUUGUGGUUUUGAGCAACCUGCGGUUUGCAGUACACUGAAGGAGGGGGGCGAGGAAGGGGCGAUUGCGCAACAAUUUGGUUUAAAAGUAGACGAGGAUGAUGUACGUUUAGUUGCUAAGAGCAACCAAUUUUAUUUCUAAAAAAUUUUCUGUCAUCAAUAUUGAAAAAAAAAACUGUUGCUACCCUUCCCUCGCCCGUUUAGGUGUGUUAUAAGACACUUUUAAGCCAGUUUGUCCUUUACAGUUGUAUUAUUGGUUUGAAUGUAAAUAAACAGUCAUGGAGACACAAAAAAAAAAAAAAA